AAGCCGCUACUGGAUUUAAAAAAACACAUUCUUUCUUUCACCUUCUUCUUCUUUAUUCCUACCAAAAUUUAAAAAACAUAACGGAGAAACCCAAAUCGGAGAAGCAGAACCCGACUGAGAAAAAUGGUGGCGAUUUCGCUUUACAGAGGAAACCUCCACCGCGUCCCUGACGUGCCUCGCCGGUGGCUUAUGCCGACCCCCAAAAUUUCACUCAAAGACUUCAAAUCCCUAUUGAGCCGUCGCUCCAAAGCCCUCUCUCUCCACCGCUCCGCCUCCGCCGCCACCUCCUCUAACCCUAACCCUAAUUCUGACCAUGACCAGCUCAGCGAAGCCGCAAAGGCGGGCGCUUUGAUUCAUGAACCCAAGGUUAAAUUUGAAGCACCGCCGGAGAAGAUUGUUGCCAAUUACGAAGCUGGGCCUUCCGGCGAGGUUAAGGAGAAGAAACGACCGGACGGAGAUGAUUUUCCGGCGAAAGAGUCCGACUUGGUUCUGGCUCUUAAAGCUGAUUUGCCUGAGAAAGGUUGGGAAGAUUCGGUGGCGGUGAAGGUUGAGAAAGUUGAUCAAUUGGAAAAGGAAAACCCUAAUUCUGAGGUAAAAGAAGAUGUAUUAGAUGAAAAGCAGAAGAGGAAAAGAGAAGUGGAGGAGAAGCUGCAGGUUUUGAAUCAAAAAAAGCAUAAUCUAGUACAAGUGUUGAAGCAGAUCUUAAAUGCGGAGGAGGAAUUGAAGAGACGGAGUAGUAUACAAGGAAUUGUGGUUCGUCCGACUGUUUCACUUCACGUGGAUGUAACAAAUGACUCUGGGUCGAUGAAUAGGCAACUUACUCCUAGGUUAGGCUCUGAGGCGAAUAUGAGUGGUGAUAUGGAAGGGGUUGAAGGCGAUGAGCUUUCAAAUCAUAACUUUCAUCCUCGCCAUAUGCAUCGGAUGAACAGUAUGUCGCCUUCUUCAGAGUCUCCUCUUAGAAGGCCGGCCUAUGUUCAGCACAGUGCGGUUCCACACCCCUCCCGGGCAAGUUUGGUGGCAACUGGUACUAGUCCUUCACGCUUUGCUCCCUCAGGGCACCAAGGGCCUUCUGCAAAUUUGCCAACAGUAUCUGCAUCAGGAACAAAUUUUGUUGCAUCCUCUCCAUCCCCUGCAGCAUCUGGAGGAACUUCUACUUUCAGAGACGCUCGGUUGCCAAGUCCAUGGAAUUAGAUAUCUGUUCUGCACUUCCUUUGCUUUACCAUGGGGCUAUCAUCUGAACACCAGUAAGAGUGCAAUGAAGAGCGUUGACAACCAUGUCACCAUGUCACCAAAUUGUUCGAAUCAAAGAUUCAAUGAGCUUUGCCGGUGGGCUGGUCAAUCAAUGGUCCCAAAACCUCUCAAUUGGGUUCCUCCCUCCCUCAUCACCAAAAUUUUCAGCUUGUAAAUUAGUUAGCCUGUUCUACUAAAGCUGUAACGGAUGGUCAGCAAGUCCAAAACACGCCAACUGAUGAGUUUGAUUCAAAUUUUGUUCUUCGUCUCUUUUGAGAUACUGCA